CUAUGCCGCCCUGACAGACAUUAUAGCCACACACAUAUACACACACAGAGAGAUCAACGCUCUGUGUGUGUACCGGCGCGAGGAGGGACCAAAUAUUUUGCCAGAAUGAGGUGGCGACCUUCCAUCGUCGCGGCACGGUCUUACGCAUCUCCUCGAGGCCAAUCCCAUCCAGCCAAUGUGUCGCGAUAUCCCAAAAGAUGUCCUGCCGAAUACGAAGCACGAGGGCAGAAAUAAGAGAGAAUACUUAAUGUCUAUUACCCUCAGUUUCUAACCUGAUCACAAUAGACGAGUACGAUGGUCUUGAAGUGGUUGAGUGGCAGUCAGAGUGAAGUGUGCGCAGAAGAAAUCUGCACGAUUUUUAUGGAAGAGAUAUGCUGAGUGAAUAAGUAAGGAUUCGUUUUUGUGUGUCUCUGAUCUACCUGUCGAGUAUUGGUAAGGUCGAGCUGCCAGAAGUGCGGCAUGAUGGGUAGGUCUGCAAGGUCAGACCAGGGCACAGUGUAAGCAGGCCUGUCUCAACCCCUGGCCCUGAAUCUCGUUUCGUUAAAGUCCCUAGCAUCCUCAACAAGGUGGUCGUCUGCCGUCUUGUACUGCACCAAUUUUUCGUUUUUCCGGUAUCCGCUGAGCUUGCGCGGCAGCAGCACAUCUUCCUCAUUAUCGAUGAACGCCAACUUGGUGAACAUCGUGUCGAUUGUCCUGUCAAAGUAGACGGACAGUGAACAUAUAAUGAUAUGAGGACAUGCAGUGCCAUGCACAGCAUGUGUCGACACGCAUACGGCACUACGCAUGCAUAUGCCGACCCGAUGUGCAUGUGUAACUCCUGGAAGAGAUAGUAGGUCAGCUCCGUGCCCUGCCCGAGGCCGUGAAUGGGAGCGUGGCAUCCUGAUGCAAGGAAUAGCAAGGAAUGUCACACUGCAGUGUUGCGUGCAUGUAAACGAAGUCUAUGCCACCGAGCAGAACGUCGGGGACGUCGGGAGCGACAGGCGGAGGCCCCUGCCGAGCCAAGCCGAUGGCACUGGAGACAUCGUGGCGGCGCCAGCCCAGAGUCACUGGGAGGCAGGUCAGCAGUGUCACUAGCAAGGCCGGCACAUACAAGGCCGCCAAAGCAACACAAUGAUGGGGCGACAU